AUGAAAUCCCAGAGUGAUUCAACUUAUUUUAAAACCAGAGCCGAGGAUGCGAGCCCAGAUCGCGAAAUAACAGUGGAAGACAUCGCACGCGUUCGUCGGAAAAUGGACUUCUAUUUGAUGCCACUUCUCAUCUUGACCUUCCUACUCCAAUGCAUCGACAAGGUGAUGUUAAACAGCGUAUCUCAAAUUGGCAUUCUUGAGGACCUCCACCUAUACACGUUCAAAUACUCGACUUCAGCCUCGGAGCCAACCCAAAACUUACAAAGAUAUUCAAAUGCUACCCUCAUCUUCUAUUGGGGCUGGCUAGUGGGAUUAAUCCCCACCGCAUGGAUGGCCCAGAAACUGCCGAUAGGUAAAUACCUCGCAAGCACAGCAGUCAUAUGGGGAGCUAUUACCCUCCUAGGAGCGGCAGUGAAGAAUUACAGUGGCCUCUUGGCCCAGCGAUUUUUCCUCGGAAUGGUUGAAUGUGCUGUAGGACCCGGUUUCUCAAUAAUGAUAACCAUGUUCUGGACGCGCGCCGAGCAACCACUCCGCUAUAGCCUAUGGUACACAUCAAUCGGACUCGCAAACCUCCUAGGCUCUCUCAUGCUAUUCGGAAUCGGUCAUAUCUACGGCAAGCUUCACCUAUGGCGGUAUCAAUAUCUUAUUCUGGGCGCUAUCACCGUCGUCUGGGGCAUUAUUCUGGUCAUUCUUCUACCGCAAAACCCAGCCACGGCGAGCUUUCUUAAACCAGAAGGGCGGGUUCUUGCUGUUGAAAGGAUGCGAGUGGAGCAAACGGGCAUUGAGAAUAAGCAGUUCAAGAGUUAUCAGAUUCGAGAACUGGUUCGUGAUCCGACAACAUGGAUCCUAUUUGCGACUGUGUUCUGUUUGCAUUUUACGAAUGGGGCGCUUACUGGAUUUGGAAGUAUUAUUAUCAAUAGUUUUGAGUUUUCGCACUUUGAUUCCGUUCUUCUGAAUGGGGCAGUUUGGGGCGGCGUUUUGUUCAAUUGCAUUACAGCAGGAAUACUAGGCGCGAUGUUCAAAAACGCCCGCCUUUGGAUUGUGAUGGCCUGUGAGAUCCCGGUAAUCCUCAGAGCAUGUCUAGUGUCGAGACUCGACUGGAGCACACAGCGAGGCGAUGUCAUUUUCGGUUUCAUCAUGUGCGGCUGGAUGGCUGGCGGGUAUAUGAUGAUUCUUGCAUUGGUCGGUGCGAGCGUUGCCGGGCACACGAAGAAGAUGUUCAUGUUCGGUAUCCUGUGGUGUGCUUACGGGCUCAGCAAUGGGAUCUCCCCAUUGACGAUCAAAAAGGGGAAGGUUGGGCAACAUUACCCGACGUGUUUCUACGCCAUCAUUGGGAAUGCCUCAGUCACGAUCUGUGGGGCGCUUGUUUUGAGGCUUUACCUUGUUCGGGAGAAUAGAAGGCGGGAUCGUGAGUUUGGAGUUGUUACUACGAUGGCUGCUCGGGAGUUGGGAUUCAAGGAUCAGACGGAUAUGGUAAAUGAGAACUUUGGGUAUUCCCUUUGA